GGUGUCGCUCCACCGAUACCGGUAGGGUAAACGAAGGCAUUCAAUCUCAGGAAUCCGAUAAAACACUCAGAACCACACUCGGUGCAUUAUUUCGGUUGGUGUCAGUGCGCGAGGUGCCUAGCGGGGCAUGGACUGUCUUAUCACAGGCCUGUCGCCGGUGCGGGCGCACGGGAAGAUUAAUAUCCUCUGUAUUUACGUUACCUGAUUUGCAGUUUAUUGCACAUCUUGUGUUUUCGUAAUCUAUGCUCCUUGGUGGUACAUUAACGGUGUUUUUCAGGGGCAUGGGCACUCCCUGUUGUCAUUGCGCACGGUAGUUGGGGGACGGUAGCAGGCUAACGUUAGUAGCUAGCUAGGUUGUUUGUUUGUAGCCCCGUAGGCCGUAUUCUUGACAGAAGUUACGCCUGGUUUGGGGCGUAUUUUACGCUCCGUGGCGCUGAAAGCACGUGAAAUUCGACGUAGUUUUUUUUUCUAGAAUAACGUCACAGUCCAAGUUGUAUUCUGAAAGGGUGUUUACGUACGGAGCUGUCAGAAAAAUGCUGACAGCGAUCAUGACUAGCUGUUGUAUCUCUAGACCAGGGGUCCCAAACUGUUGCAGGUUUUCAUUUUUAUUUCCUGCAAUUCUACACAUGUUGUCAUGGCGUGCAAAUAAUAUUUAGCAGUUGUAAAACACAUUUCUUACCAUUCUAUACAUUUGCCCAAUAUCUAAUGUGUAUUCGUGUGAUAUUUGAGUGACAAAAAAAUAACUAUCUAUGGGCUAAAAGUUACCUGACAUGAGCUACUUGAUCUGGACAUUUCUGACAAGUUAUAAAUAGUUCUCUAAGGUCUGUAAUGACUAAGAAGACGAGAGGAACUGAUGAUGUACUACCCAAUUUAGAGAUGACAAUUUUCAAGAGUCACUACUCCACCCCUCUCGUCAACCAACCAACCAAAGGAAGUCUAGCCACUCUCUCCUGCCCCCCCUCCAGGUCACUACUCCACCCCUCUCGUCAACCAACCAACCAAAGGAAGACUGGCCCCUCUCUCCUGCCCCCCUCUAGGUCACUACUCUACCUCUCCAUUCUGAGAGAUGACACUCCCUCUGGACUAGACCAAGCCUGCACCACAACAGACAAACAUACAGUCCAGCGUUUUGUGUGAUGGCCUGAGAGGGCUUCCCAGUCUAGCCUGCCUGCCUCUCCCGGGUCCAAACUGUCUGACUGGGACUCCCCCCCUCCCCGCCUGCUACGCCCUGCCUCCGUUGCCAUGGGAGACGGCCUGGAGGCGGGCAGCAGCCUAGACCCCGCCCCCCGCUCCCUCUCCUGUAACCCCCCGCCCCCCGAGACAUGGAACCCCUCGAGGCCGAAACGACAGACCAACCAGCUACAGUACCUGUUGAAGGUGCUGCUGAAGACGCUGUGGAAACAUCACUUCUCAUGGCCCUUCCAGGCUCCAGUAGAUGCCAUCAAACUCGGCCUGCCUGAUUACUAUCAGAUCAUCAAGGUUCCUAUGGACAUGGGGACCAUCAAGAAGAGACUGGAGAACAGCUACUAUUGGAACGCCCAGGAAUGUAUGCAGGACUUCAACACCAUGUUCACCAACUGUUACAUCUACAACAAGCCUGGUGAUGACAUAGUGUUGAUGGCAGAGUCUCUAGAGAAGAUGUUUCUUCAGAAGAUCUCUGAGAUGCCCCAAGAGGAGACUGAGAUCCCCAUGGUUACCAAGGGGCGGAGGGCGGGGCAGAGAGAAGCAGGUCUCCUGUCUAAGUCUGACUCCGGCCAGGAUUCAUCUCCCUCCUCCACCCCCCACACCCGAGGUUUCUCCUCCCUGUCGCCGGGCCCUCAGACUCGGAGUCUCCCCGUAUCCCAGGGGCCCCCCACCCUCCCCCUCGCCCUCCCCCCUCAGACCCAGCCCCCUCGCGUUCCCCCCACCCCUCCCUCCCACGCCCCCCAGCUGGGACCACCCUUCCCCAUCAGCCCUCUGGAUGUCCUGGCCCAGGGCCUCACCUCCGUACCCCACCACCCCCCAGCCCACCCAGGCCUUCACCCUGCUGCCCCACCCAUCCCCCAGAGCAUUGCACCCCCAGCUAAGCAGAGGAAGAGCCAGAAGAGGAAGGCUGACACCACCACACCCACCGCCAACGACCAGCUCAGCGAGUCAUCUCCCGUGGCGACGGAGCCCCCCCGCCCCCGCCGUGAGAGCAGCAGCCGCCCGCUGAAGCAGCCCAAACGAGACCCCGCCCAGCCCGACUCCCAGCACCACCUGGGGCUAGGCGGGGGGGUUCCCGGGGGCGGAGCGUUAACAAGUCACGGCGGGAGCCCCAAACGACAGGAGCAGCUGCUGUUCUGUGGCGGUCUUAUCAGAGACAUGUUGUCUAAGAAACACAUUGCGUACGCGUGGCCCUUCUACAAGCCUGUCGACGCGCACGCCCUCGGCCUCCACGACUACCACCACAUCAUCAAACACCCUAUGGACCUCGGAACCGUCAAGGAUAAGCUGGACAGCAGGCAGUACAGAGAUGCUCAGCACUUUGCUGCUGAUGUCCGGUUGAUGUUCUCCAACUGUUACAAAUACAACCCCCCAGACCAUGACGUGGUCAAUAUGGCACGCAAACUACAGGACGUGUUUGAGAUGCGCUUUGCCAAAAUGCCUGACGAGCUUGAGGAGACGGCCCCCCUCCCCUCCCCCUCCCCAGCCCUCAAACCCCUCCCCACCAUCUCUGCCCUCCACCCCCUCCCCGUCCCCACCCUCCACCCCCUCCCCACCCCCUCGGCCAGACAGCCCCCUGCCCCCCGACCCCCCUCCUCCUCCGAUGACAGCUCCUCCUCGUCGGAAUCAGAAUCCUCUGAGGGAGGUUUGGAACACGAGAGAACACAGAGACUGGCUGAACUACAGGAACAGCUCAAAGCUGUUCACGAACAGCUGGCCGCUCUGUCCACGCCCCAGGCCACCAAGCCCAAGAGAAAAGAGCGGGAGAAGGAGAAGAAUAAAGACAAGUUCAAGAAGAAGAUAGGAGGGGAGGAGCCACCGGAGAUCCUGCCCCCUGCCAUCCUCCAGCCAAUCAGAAAGAGCAAAAACAGCAAGGAGCUGGUGACCACGCCCAAGAAGAUCAAGAAACCGAGUAAGAAAGAAGGUAUGAAGAGCAGCCGUCUGGGCGCCCCACAUCAGACCGGCUCCACCCCCCUUGCUCCCUCAGCCUCGCUGGAGGCACAAGAUGACAUGAGUGUGUUUGUGGGCGGGGCAGCUGACAGGUGUAAGCCAAUGUCCUACGAGGAGAAACGCCAGCUCAGUCUGGACAUCAAUAAACUGCCCGGCGACAAGCUUGGCCGCGUCGUCCACAUCAUCCAAUCACGAGAGCCAUCGCUCAAGAACACCAACCCAGACGAGAUAGAGAUCGACUUUGAGACGCUGAAACCCUCGACGCUCCGAGAGCUGGAGACAUAUGUCUGGACCAGCCUUAGAAAGAAGAAAUCCCAGCCAGCAGUAGAGAAGGCUCUGGAGGUGACCAGUGUGAUGAAGAUGAAGACAGGAUCUUCAUCAGGCAGCAGUGACUCCUCUGACAGCGACGACACAGGGCUGGCCCCCCAGCAGCAAAAGUCCUCCUCUAGCAAUAUAUACUGUAAGAGACCCCACCAGUCCAGCAGGGGCGGGGUCAGCAUCACUGCCCCUCUGGACCCCUCCUCCUCCCCCCAGACCCCCCUAGUUCAGUCCAAACCCCCCCAGCAGCAGCAUCAACACCCCUUCGCCCCCCCUCCUCCUCCCUCCAUCCCCACUGUCCCCGUGACCUCUCUGGACUCCUCUUUGACCUUUGACCCCCUAGUUCACUUCCUGGCCCCCCAUCUGAGCCAGCAGGUGGGGGAGCCCCCCCGUAAUGAACUGGGGACCCCUGCCGCCGGACCCCCCCACCUCAACGCUACCAACACACACACCUCUGAGAGCACACAGCCCUUCCUCAACCAGCAGGCCGUCAUGCCCUCCGCCAUGCUCUCCCCAGCACUCCACAACGCUCUCCCCCAGCAGCCGUCCCGCCCCAGCAACCGAGCGGCCCCCAAACCCCCUCAGCCUCCCCCCUCCUCCGCUCCUCCUCCCCCCCAGCCCUCCCUCCACAUUCCCCAACCCUCCCUCUCCAUUCCCCAACCCUCCCUCCCUCGCCCUUGUAUCCCCUCUCCCCUCACCCCCCACGGAAUCCUGGGGGUCUCGGCCCAACCCCCUCAAGCCCUAUUUGAGGACGACGAGGAGGCCGUGCCCACUAACUCUGAAACCCCUCCCCUCCCGCUCAGCCAGGUGCACAUGUACCUGCAGUCGUCUCGGCCCCCGGCACACAUACACCCCCACACACAGUCUCCUGUGCGGGUCCAGUCUCGGCCCCCGGCCCACACACAGUCUCCUGUGCGGGUCCAGUCUCGGCCCCCGGCCCACACACAGUCUCCUGUGCAGGUCCAGUCUCGGCCCCCGGCCCACACACAGUCUCCUGUGCGGGUCCAGUCUCGGCCCCCGGCCCACACACAGUCUCCUGUGCGGGUCCAGUCUCGGCCCCCGGCCCACACACAGUCUCCUGGGGGGGUCCAGUCUCGGCCCCCGGCCCACACACAGUCUCCUGGGGGGGUCCAGUCUCGGCCCCCGGCCCACACACAGUCUCCUGGGGGGGUCCAGUCUCGGCCCCCGGCCCACACACAGUCUCCUGGGCGGGUCCAGUCUCAGCUCAUGUCCCGGCUCCCGGCCCACACACAGUCUCCUGGGCGGGUCCAGUCCCGGCCCUCGGCCCACACACAGUCUCCUGGGCGGGUCCAGUCUCGGCCCCCGGCCCACACACAGUCUCCUGGGCGGGUCCAUUCUCAGCUCAUGCAGGCCAUGCAGACUCAGUCACAGGCAGCGGCCGCUCCAACCCAGCAACAGCAGAGGCUCGCAACACAUUCUCACACACACCCUCACUCACACCCUCACUCACACGCUCACGCACAAAUGCAGCAGGCGGGACAGGGGAUGUCGUUCCCCCAGCAACAGAGCACCAUGCACCCGGCACAGAAAGGGAUCAAGCAGAUACUACAUCCACAACCAUCACCACGGAUCAAAACUGAGCCUUUCAACACAGGUCCUCUGAGGGAGAGCCCCUCCCCUCUGAUGAUACAUUCUCCCCAGAUGCCUCAGUUCCCACCAAUGAGACAGUCCCCUUCCCAGCCCAAGAAACCUAACCAAAGGGUGAAAGAGGAGAAGCCGCUCCCCUCCCCGGUGCCGCCUCCCUCCCCUUUCAGCCCCACCCAGCGACACCACAAACCACAAGACAACAAACACACACACAUCAAUAGGUCACCUGAAUCAACCGAUCAAUUGACUCCUGCAGGAUCAGAUGUGAAGCUAUUGGACAGUUCUCGUCCUGGGCUCCGCCUCCCGGACUCCCCGGCCCCUCCCCCUUCCCAUCAGGACAGCAAACUGAAGCAGGAGGCUAAAACACCCAUCACCGCCAAGAAGACACAGGAGGUGAAGUUAAAGAACAUGGGUUCCUGGGCCAGCUUGGCCCAGCGUUCUCAGUCCACCCCCACCUCCGCUGUCCGCUCCUCUAGCGACAGCUUCGAACAGUUCCGUCGCGCCGCCCGAGAGAAGGAGAGAGAGAAACAGCUAAAAGCACAGGCCGAGCAGGAGAAACUACGUAGCCGUGACGACGAGGACUCGGUGGAACAGCAGGGGAGGGUGCGUGUCCAGGACUCUCGCCGUCGCCAGGAGCAACUUUCGCCUCAAGCCCCCACGCCCCCUGCCUCAACCCCUCCCGCCGUCUCCCCACAGGCCCCUCCCACUGAACAGGCCACACCCCCACCCUCGGCCGCAGCACAGAACGCCAUGGACCAGCAGAGGGAGCUGGCAAGACGCCGCGAGCAGGAGAGGAGGAGGAGAGAGGCGAUGGCGGACACCAUUGACAUCAACUUCCAGAGCGACCUGAUGGCCAUCUUUGAAGAGAACCUCUUCUGAGAGAGAGAUUGAAAACGGAGGAGAGGGAGACAAAUGAACUCUACCUUAUCCCUUAUCCCACCUCGGAUUUCACACACAACACUACCCCCCCCCCCCCCCCCCCUCCCUCCCUCUCUUUGAUUAGAGCCCCCCCUCUCUUUGAUUAGAGACCUCAGACCAGGAUGUGAGCUCCAGAGACUUGGCGGAGACUGAGGUGAGGUACAGUAAUAAGGUGGAGCCCCCCCAGCGGUGGGGACCGGGAGUACAACUUCCACUUUUUUGCAAUUUCAGAUGCGUUUUUUGUGUCUAAGCGCCCGUUUAUCGUUGAUGAUUGGUUGUUGCCGUGGGCAACGGUGAAACCGGAUACCUGUCGAUAAACAGAUAUUUGAACUCCUCUUGUAUUCUGAAAGGAAACCGAGGGAGGAGGGGAGGACUGAGAACUAUUACCUGAAAAUAAAGAAGAGGGUUUAAUGUAGAAAGAAGAAGAAGAAGAAGAUGAUGAGCACCUUGUGUUCUUCUGACGUGAGGGAGGGAGGGAGGGAGGGAGGGGCGGGUGAACGAGAGGACGGACAGACUUCUUUCUCUCUGAUUCAUUUCUCUCUUCAUCUAGUAUUUUUCUCACCCUGUUUUCUGAUGUUGGGUUUUAAGCGGGGUGGGUGAGGGAUGGGUGAGGGGUGGGUGAGGGGUUGGGGAGGAGAUGGGGAGGGACAAGUGAGCGGGCUGUGUGUGUUAUCAUGUUUGCGUCCCAAAAGGGCACCCUAUUCCCUUCAUAUAGUGCACUACUUGUGUCCAGGACCCAUGGGGAUCUGAUCAAAGGUGGUGCACUAUAUAGGGAGUAGAGUGCCAUUUGGGACGUAUACCCUGAGAUGGGUUGAGUUUCUCUCCGGACAGCGGGAUGAACACCGGGGUCACAACCCAACACUAUAAAGAGGCGCCCUUCCUUCCUUCCUUCCUUCUCACUCUCCUUGGUCUUUGUGACAUCACUGACUUGACACAAGUUGAAAGUGUAAAAGCUUGAACUCCAUUUUUUUCAGUCAUGUCUGAUUCAUUGAUUAUUUCAAGAAAGGAGGGAGAGAGGGAAGAAAGGAGGGAGAGAGGGAAGAAAGGAGGGAAAGCAGGAAGGAUGAGUGAAAGAAAGGAGGGAGAGAGAGGACGGAAGGAGGGAAAGCAGGAUAAAGAGGAAGGAUGAGUGAAGAAAGGAGGGAGAGAGGGGACGGAAGAGAGGAAGGGAGGGGGGGGGGGGGGGGGUACAUUUUAAAGGUGUUGGAAUGUGGCUCUUGCCUUACAGCUCUGACCUGUAAAUGAACACACGCCACAGAUUAUACACAUAUAUAUAAAUAGAUGCAGAAAUAUAUAUUAUAUACGAUGAAAAGUCCCUAAAAAUAAUUGGAUGAUGUUGUUGGGAGGGAGAAUGACUUAUCUGCCUUGUGCUCAAUUCCCUUUUGUUUUUUUUAGAGAAGUGACUGUAAGAAAAACAACUUUUUUAUGAUGCUAUAAAAAAAUAGUUUGUCUCGUUCAUAACCUCCUUUCUAUCAUCCUGUUUUUCUCGGUAUCAAGUUCAGAUAUGCAAGAGUUUUAAAGGCCUCUGUUUUUAUUUAAAUAUCAAAUCCUUUCUGGGUAACAAUUAGGUACGUUACUGUGAUUUUGUUUUCAGUUGAAAUGGCCCAAAAUAAACAAAAAUAUAGAUUCUCAGCAAAGAGCAAUUUCUCAAGCAAACAUUUUGCUAGAGCUGUCUGGGAGUGGUCUGAGUGGGGAGGGGGAAACUGAAAACGAGCUGUUAUUGGCAGAGAGAUUUGGAACUCUUUCUUAUUGGUCGAUCAACUCAUUUAACGCACGGUGAUGUCACCAGGCAGGCCAAAACUCCACCCCACCAAAACAGGCUGAUUUUUCUUUUCACACAGCUCCUACACUUAAAGGGUAUUAUCAUCAUUUUCACAAUUUAACAGUAUUAUUCCAGCCUUUAUAGUGUGGAAAUAGAUAUAUAAACACAGGAAAAUCACUCUUUUGACGGCACUGGCCUGUAACUACUUAACUUUGUUCUACUGUUCUGUAGCUACGUCCACCUGCUGCCACACUUCCUUUAUUUUCUCCUUUAGCUUCUUACUCAUUUUCUUUUUACAUAUUCAUGUCCAUCUGUUAAUCUCUCUCUCCUGUCAUCAUCAUCAUCAUCAUCAUCAUCUUCCUCUACCAUCCGUAGCAUAGCUUUUAUUUACUUCUUAUUCCCUUCCUGUUUUUUGGUUACAAUUUUUCUGCUAUGUUUUUAGUUUCCGUGGUAACAGUCGGGGUUGUUGUCAUGUGCCAUAGCUCUAAGUGUUCUGGGUGUGCGCGGCCUGCGGUGUUGUCAUGUCCAGAUAUACAUCAAACCCCUGUAUUCUUUUUGGGAUGUUUUUUUAAUUUAAUUUAGCCUUUCUUUUCAUAUUUGACGGUUGUUUGUUUGUUUUGUUUUGUUUCUUGUCAUUGUUUUUGUUUUGUUUUGAAUCACCGGUUGGUUUGUUGAUGAGUGAGGUGUUAAGGUCGAUGGAUACGUUCUGAUUAUGGAGUAAAACAUCUUCUUUCUUUUUUAAAGAAAAGUAUUAAAAUGAUAUUAAAAAAUGA